CCCGACGCACAAAGCUCCGAGAGGAGAGAAGCUUCCUGUUUGCGUCUGGCCGGGGCAAGAGCGACUAUGGCAUCCGCAAUAGGGGGUGCAGGAGCUGCAUUGCUAGCUCUACCACCAGCAGCGGACCCUGUUUCCUGCACGCCUUGCCGGCGUGAAGCAAAGAGAGGACCGAUCAACAUCCUGGGCCAGCUUCGGCAUGCACAGCUCAGCGGCCGGGGCCUGACACGGGGGUCACAGAUCACAGGAGCUUUGUUAAAAGAAAGAGACAAACAAGCAAAGUGGAAUGGAAUUCCUUUGCUCUUACAAAAGCUCUAUGAGACUAGCCAUGCUAAUAGUGAUUUUUCUCAGUGCCAGAGCAUCUUAAAGGAAAUUUCUCCCCUCCUUUCAAUGGAAGCCAUGGCGUUUGUCACAGAAGAAAGAAAAACUGCACAAGAGUCUACUUUUCCAAAUACAUAUACAUUUGACCUAUUUGGAGGUGUUGAUCUUCUGGUAGAAAUACUUAUGAGGCCAACAUUUAUUACACAGAAGAAGAAACAAAAGAUAAGUGAUGACCUUAUCAAGGACUGUUUAAGCAUAUUGUACAAUUCCUGCAUAUGUACCGAAGGAGUCACUAAACGAUUGGCAGAAAGAAAUGAUUUUGUGCUGUUCUUGUUUACACUGAUGACAAAUAAAAAGACAUUCCUGCAAACAGCCACUCUUAUUGAAGACAUUCUUGGAGUGAAAAAGGAAAUGAUCCAGUUGGAGGAUAUUCCAAAUCUCGCCAAUCUUGUCUCCAGUUUUGACCAACAGCAACUAGCAAACUUCUGCAGGAUCCUUGCUGUUACAAUUUCAGAGCUUGACACUGGCAGUGAUGAUAAACACACACUACUUGCUAAAAAUGCUCAACAGAAAAAAAAUUUGGGUCCUUCUCGAGCCGAAAUAAAUCAAGCUACCCUUCUCAAUAUACCAGGUUUCAUUGAACGACUAUGUAAACUAGCAACCCGAAAAGUAUCAGAAACAACAGGAACUUCCAGUUUUCUUCAAGAGCUGGAGGAGUGGUACACCUGGCUAGACAACGCUUUAGUUCUUGAUGCACUAAUGCGUGUGGCAGAUGAAGAAACAGAGCAAAGUAGUACAGAAUCUUCAGAUGAGAGUGGAUUUGCCAACACCUCAACGAGGAAUCAGCUUCCUCAAUCCAUGAAAAUUAUGCAUGAAAUUAUGUAUAAAUUGGAAGUUUUAUAUGUGCUCUGUGUGCUUUUAAUGGGAAGACAAAGAAAUCAGGUUCAUAAAAUGAUUGCUGAAUUUAGACUGAUCCCUGGCCUUAAUAAUUUAUUUGAUAAAUUAAUAUGGCGGAAACAUUCGGCAUCGGCCCUUGUUUUGCCUGGGCACAAUCAGAACUGUGACUGUAGCCCGGAUAUUACCUUGAAGAUUCAGUUUUUGAGACUACUUCAGAGUUUUAGUGAUCAUCAUGAGAACAAGUAUCUACUUUUAAACAGUCAAGAACUUAAUGAAUUGAGCGCAAUCUCUCUAAAAGCCAACAUCCCUGAGGUUGAGGCUGUUAUCAACACAGACAGAAAUUUAAUUUGCGAUGGGAAAAGAGGCUUGCUAACCAGACUUCUUCAGGUAAUGAAGAAAGAACCAGCAGAAUCGUCAUUCAGAUUUUGGCAAGCAAGGGCGGUUGAAAGUUUCUUACGAGGUGCUACUUCCUAUGCAGAUCAGAUGUUCUUGCUAAAAAGGGGGCUUUUAGAGCAUAUUCUGUACUGCAUUGUUGACAGUGAAUGCAAAUCACGAGAUGUGCUUCAAAGUUAUUUUGAUCUUCUGGGGGAACUGAUGAAAUUCAACAUAGACGCUUUCAAGAGAUUUAACAAGUACAUCAAUACAGAGGAAAAGUUUCAGAUAUUUUUGAAUCAGAUCAACAGUUCACUGGUUGAUUCCAACAUGUUGGUUCGUUGUAUUACUUUGUCCCUGGAUCGAUUUGAGAGCCAGUCAGAUAUUAAAGUUGCAGAAGUCUUGUCUGAGUGCUGCCUCUUAUCAUACAUGUCACAGAUGUCCAUGAGAAUGUCCUUUCUUUUCCGACUCAUUAAUAUUAUUCAUGUACAAACACUGACCCAGGAAAACGUAAGUUGUCUGAACACAAGUCUAGUUAUCUUAAUGUUAGCUCGAAGAAAAGACAAGCUCCCAUUCUAUCUGCGUACCCUUCAAGAGAUGGAAUAUACAAAGAAAUAUCCUGGUUUCAUCCUGAACAAUUUUCAUAGUCUUCUUCGUUUCUGGCAGCAGCAUUACCUCAAUAAGGACAAGGACAGCACCUGUUUAGAAAAUAGUUCAUGUAUUAGUUUUUCCUAUUGGAAAGAGACUGUGUCUGUUCUGCUUAGUACCGAUCGGACAUCACCUUGUGCCAUAAUUAGCUACAUUGAUGAGGCAUACAUGGAUAUUGACAGAGACUUCACCGAAGAGUAAUUCCACCAGUUCUCACUUCCAGUGGACAAUACCUCAGAGGGAAUCUUGCAGACGUUGGAUUUUCAGGGAUAUGCUGUGUGCACAAACUUAGAAUAUUACUAUCUUAAUGUAUUUUCUCCCCUUGCCCCACCACCCUCUUUAAAGAGCAAGAUUUCACAAACUUGAAACGUAUCACAUAUUCAGGGAAAUCUGCAUACUGUUUGGAAUUGUCAGCAAAAAGGUCCACUUUCCCCUGCUCAUUAUGACUAGAAGCCUUUGAGCUUGGGAGGUGGGAUCUUUCCAAUAUACAAGGGUUAGCUGUGAUUUUCUUUCUGGUAACCCAAAUUAGAAGUUAAAAGGAGAAGUAAUUCCCUAAGUCAUUGAAACAAGCUGGUUUUAUGAGCACACCUAAGGUACACCAGCCACUAUUAAGUCAUCAUAAAAAGCUGAUUCCUAAUUCUUCACAUCUUUUUCUUUGUUUUGCAUUUCAAGAGGAUCGUGUGUGCAAUUCACUUUUAAAUACAUAAAAAUAAUGGCUUGUCCUUUUUUCUGCAAAUGAUUUUAGAAAUGUUUCGUACUAAACUGUCCCAUUCUCUUCUUUGGUUCACUGUAUUAUUGCAUUCAAAAGUAUUUUUCUCUGGUCUGUGGAUUUGUCUUCAAUGGACUUUUACAGUGCUGUCUAGAACAGGUAUAUAUUGCAGUGAUGGAAGUAGUUGGCUUUUUUCCCCUGGCUUUUUUUGUUUGUUUGCUUGUUUAUUAGGUUUUCAGAUACAAUCACGGGAAAAACAAGAAAGAAUAAAAAGAACACAAAGGAAAGAUUUUAUUUACAGGUUUUGUAAAAUUAACUAAAUAAAUUUCCUCGUGACAUUGAUAUAAAUCUAUGUAUAGUUUUAAGAAUAUUAAAAUUAGCUUUUUAUGAAAUAAUUAACAGUAACCAAUAUGAAUCAAAUUGUAAAUUUAAAAAAUCCUAUAAUUUCUGCCUGAUCUAACAAAUGUGAAUUUAACAGAUCAUAAAGAUUAAAUAUUAGUCUAAUAUAUAGAUUUAUAUCAAAAUAUUUUUGAAACAUUUUAAUUAACUUUACAAUGCUUUCAGGUCUCCUUUUCAUCUCCUUUUUUUCUUUUUUUAUUGUUCCAUUUGAUUGUAUCUGUAAAUCUAAUAGACAAAAAAAGGGAAGGAUAACAAAUAAAUUAAAAAUUUAUGGAUUUUUUUUCUAAAUUCUGCAGUCUGGCCAUUUUGUUCAUAAUGCAAAUGGAAUUUUCUUUCACAGUACUGUAUUGCUUUUGCUGAAUAUUAAACCUAUUGUUGAACAGAAAGGUGUACUAAUUUGCACUCUGGAAACAGAGGCACCAGCUAAAGUGAAAGAAUUAGCACCAUCCGUUCUGAUGUGUAUGUGCCCACACACUCACAAACCAGAACAAUAUAUAUAAUAUAUAUUGUUCUUAAUGUGUAAUAGUAACUGGAAGUUGUCUAGUCUACUACUGAUACUUACUUGUAUUUCAUAUCGGGUGAAUUAUUCAGUAAAUAUUGAACUUGCUGUUGUAACUGCCAGUGUUUAAACACAUUAGUUGAAAGACAGCUGGUGUUUGAUUCCAGAAACUUUUUUUGGAAUAAAAGCUUCAUUUCAUCAUUGUGCUCAGGCACUUUAUGGAAUUUAUGAAGCAUUAGAACAGCCCUUUUUGUCCUUAGCUUUCAACUAUUCUUAUGUAUGCAUUUAUAAUUUUAUAACAUUUUAUCUUAAACAGAUCCCUAAAAAGCCUCAACUUAAAAAUUUCAAGGAGAUAUCUUGGUUGUGUUCUGUUAAAAUUUAUCCUUCAAAGCAUAACAUUUUUAUUAGAAUUGGCCAUUAGAAAUGUAAUUAGAAAUGUAAUAAUAGCAAGACAUCUCCAUGAAACCUACAAUAUUUGAAAGUAAGAUACAGUUGAUCAGCUAUUCCCCCAUUCACAUUUGCUCUGCACACGCUAUUGCACCUUAUUUGGGGGCAAAAGUAAUAGAAAUAAUAGAUCUCUGGUGGUUGAUUUGCAUACAAAAUUAUUAAGGUAUUUACUGGGGACAAAGAUAGCGUCCACUUUUUUUAUAAUAAGAGCCCUGUCAAGAAAGCCUGACUGCUCCGUAAUUAUCUAAUUGUGAAUCUAUUACCUGAACAAAACAGCACUUUAUUAAGGCUAUCCCUUUUGUUUUAUCCUUUACAGCUUGUCAGAAAUAAAAUGGAAACUUUGGAGUAAAUCAUGUAUCUUGCUUUAAAGAAACCUCUUAAAGAUAUGUUUAAACUGACUUUCCCAGUGGCCCUGUACUCUGUUAUACAUCUGAUGCCUUUGGAGAAUGUCAUUCAAGAAUUUUAGUUUGGGAUAAAUUUUGAGAGAGUCAAUUGCUUCUACAACAUCCCCAUCCUCAGUCCUAGGUCAUUGUAGUAACUCUGCAAUUGUAGUAAACAUAAAGACUCAAAUGCCUGUGGAUUCCUUUUGAUUAGAACUGAAACAUCAGGACAGUAUGGCCAUCAUCUACAAAAAUGAAUUCUAAGUAUCUAAUUAAUUCAUACAUAUGUCUUGUCUUUGAAUGACCAUCCUUCUUUUUACUAAUCAAUUUGGCUUUCAGUGAGACUUCUCUCACUAAAAAACAAAAAUACUUAGCUACUCCAAGGAUGAUUUACCUAUCAUGCUGUGUAUUUAUUUCUGACUUUUCAGUAUAGGCAAUUCCAAAGAAUUGGGUUGGAGGUUUUGGCUCAGGGUAUAUUAUUGGCCUUUUGGUUCCUUACAGGGACACAUGAGUGCCAUGUUUCUCUUCCACAGCUACUGCUGUAGAUCAUCUUUGUGUAUGAUGGGAAACUACAAUAGCCUUGGAUUAAGUAUAAAAUGUGUGGAGGAGUAAUAGCUGGCAAAUCACAUUUAUAUGUGGCUGUAAAAAAAAAAGGAAAUCGCUGAAGGAAUGGAACUGUUUUGUGGCAAAAAGGCGACUCCCCUAGCCAGCAAAUGUUUCUGGAAAUUUUAAUUAUUUCACACAAAUUAAUGUUCAUGCUGCCCAGAUUAAUACUGACUGACUAACACCACAUAAAUGUAUUAAAUGGAAUAAAGAAUUCUAUUUUAAAA